AGAAUCUUUGAAAUGGAAAUGCAUGGGACUUUGACUAGGAAAGACAGUGAAACAGACCUUUCUCCUGAUUGUGAGGCAAGGCCGCUGGUCAGUAAACACAAAGAUGACUCACACAUGCUGAAACAAAUCAAAGAGGUUACAACUAAAGAGAUUGCAACUUUUGGAUUUUACCUUGCCCCUAUUUGGUUUGUAACAGAGUAUUUGUCAAAUGCUGCACUUGCACAUACAAGUGUUGCAAGUACAACAGUGUUAUCCUCAACUUCAGGGCUUUUUACUCUUUUCAUUGGUGCUCUCCUGGGCCAAGAUUCAUUAAAUGUGGCAAAAGUACUUGCAGUCUUUGUUAGCAUCACUGGUGUUGCCAUGACUACUCUAGGGAAAACUUGGGCUGCAGAUGAGUCACAACUGAGCUCUUCGAGCGCUGGGAAACGCUCUCUCAUGGGUGACCUCUUUGGCCUUCUUUCAGCCAUGUCAUAUGGAUUAUUUACAGUACUUCUUAAGAAGUUUGCCGGUGAAGGAGGAGAAAGAGUUGAUGUGCAAAAGUUAUUUGGAUAUAUAGGAUUAUUUACACUUGUGGCACUUUGGUGGGUUGUUUGGCCAUUGACAGCCUUGGGAAUUGAACCCAAGUUUACCAUUCCACAUUCUGCUAAAGUAGAUGAAGUUGUUCUGGCCAAUGGCUUUGUUGGAAGUGUCCUCUCUGACUAUUUUUGGGCACUUUGUGUUGUGUGGACAACUCCUUUGGUAGCAACCUUGGGCAUGUCACUCACCAUUCCUCUUGCUAUGGUAGCUGACAUGGUGAUUCAUGGCCGUCACUACUCAGCAAUUUAUGUUCUUGGCUCAGCUCAGGUUCAUUGAGUCUGGCACAUGACUUGUGCUCAGAAUGAUCUGAGGAGACUAUUUUGUUGCUGUCUCUAUGUUAUUGAUUUGCAACUGCUGCCUUUUUCUAGGAGGAGGGGAUGGAGGGAGGAUGCCCUUAGCCCUAUUUGGGAGGAAUCAGUUACCUUCAUUACACUUUUUUCUGUUUGUCUAUAAGACCCGUAUUUGCUUUUGACAGCAUCCUGGGGGUGUCUGGCUGAGGCUUAGAUGGGUCAGAAGGUGGAUUAGGCUUUGUGUCUGAAUGUUUUCGUGUUUUAGUUUAAUAUUUGCAAUUUGAAGGAUUGGUUGUGUUUGGAUUAAAAUGGGUGGUUCAUGGGUUGGUUUAGUCAAAUGGGUUCUAGGUAAUGGAAAUGGACUGAUGAUGCAGGAUGAGCAUCAGUUAAACUAGCUUAGGUAAAGAUAGGCAAGAGGAAAUUAGAGAUUAAGGUGAAAAAUUAUAAGGAGAAAAUUGCAUGAGAUAGACCAGAUAAAGCAAUAACAAAAAGAGGAAUACAGAGAAAGCAAGUUGGUUAUAGACAGUAUUGGUCUGUAUUCAAGAAUCUUAAGGUAUCCAUACGAAUUAAAUCUUUGGAAGAGGAUUGGCAAGGGAAUAGAGGAGUUCCAGAAUUAUAUUGCCUGGAAGGUUGAUUCAGACCGAAAGGCGAGAUUCUGGUUUGAUGAGUUGCUAGAGUGGGGAACAGCAGAACAGUAAUUUCCCAUCAUUCUUUUGGGGCUCUCGUAACAGAGAGGCCUGGUGGCAAAUUCUUUCUCCACAUCCUUAGGUUGGGAAGCUUGGAUUGUGGACUUGACAAGGAACCUCAAUGACUGAGAGAUAAAUGAUUAUAUAAAUUCGAUUCAUCUAUUAUCAAGACAAUGUAGGUCCGUCAAAAGCCUUAUACAAGCCUAUAUGGAAGGUUAGUGUGAGAGGAUCCUUCUUAGUGAGGUCUUACUAUGCCUUCUUGACUGGGAGUGUUAGAAAUAACGAAGAUUUCUCAUGGAACUUAAUUUUGAUGAUCAAAGGCAUCCCCAUGAGAAGCCUUUUUUUUUUUAUUGUGAAGCGGUAAGGGGUUGCAUCUUAAGCCUAGAAAGUCUCAUUAAAAGAUGGAAGAUCCUGUGCAAGGGGAAGCAGAGAAAGUUAAUCAUCUUCUUUUAUGUUGUCAUCUAACUUAUAAAUUGUGGCAUUUAUUUCAAUAAAUAUAUAAAUUGAGGCGUUUGGCUUAAAGUAAGUUGAGGAUGGGCUUUAGAUAGUGUGGCUAGAUUGGUCGAAAA